AUGAGGAAAACCUCCGAGGAUUGUCUCACUUUGUCUCCAGACUGGAAAGUAGAAGAUGAGGACAUCACACAGUAUAGUCCAGGAGAAAACCCGGCUCCCUCCAAUGUCCAUCCGGCACCACCCAGUAUAGAUGGACCAUCGGAUUCCUCGUAUCCUGAGGAACCUCAGACUGUGCGGGACCGGGCCGGCCUUCCAACAGGGAAGAGGUUCUCCUGUACUGAGUGCGGGAAAUGUUUCCAUUCCAAAUUCAAUCUUAAUGUCCAUAAAAGAUCUCACACGGGGGAAAAGCCAUUUUCUUGUGCUGAGUGCAGGAAAUGUUUUGUCCAAAAAUCAGAGCUUGUCACACAUCAAAGGUCCCACUCAGGGGAUAAACCAUAUUCCUGUCCUGAUUGCGGAAAAUGUUUUUCACAAAAGUCCAAUAUUCAAAUCCACCAGAGGUUCCACACAGGUGAGAAGCCAUAUUCCUGUUCUGAUUGCGGAAAAUGUUUUUCAGUGAAAUCUCAUCUUUUCAUACAUAGAAGGUUUCACACGGGGGAAAAGCCCUAUUCUUGUACUGUGUGCGGGAAAUGUUUUGUACAAAAAUCACAUCUUGUCACACAUCAAAGGCUUCACACGGGGGAAAAACCGUACUCCUGUUCUGAGUGCGGGAAAUGUUUUUCAGACAAGUCACAUCUUUAUACACAUCAGAGAUCUCACACAGGGGAGAAGCCGUAUUCCUGCCCUGAUUGCGGGAAAUGUUUUUCAGAGAAGUCCAGUCUUGACAGACAUCAGAGGGCUCACACGGGGGAAAAGCCGUAUUCCUGUCCCGAGUGCGGGAAAUGUUUUUCACAGAAGUCCAGCCUUUACACACAUCAGCGACUGCACACAGGUGAGAAGCCGUAUUCCUGUUCUGAUUGCGGAAAAUGUUUUUCAGUGAAGUCUCAUCUUUUCAUACAUCAGAGAUCGCACACGGGUGAAAAGCCGUAUUCCUGUCCUGAGUGCGGGAAAUGUUUUUCGGACAUGUCCAGUCUUUACACACAUCAGAGAUCUCACACGAAGGAGAAGAAGUAUUCCUGUCCUGAGUGCGGGAAAUGUUUUUUACAUAAGUCACAUCUUUAUACACAUCAGAGAUCUCACACAGGGGAGAAGCCGUAUUCCUGCCCUGAUUGCGGGAAAUGUUUUUCAGAGAAGUCCAGUCUUGACAGACAUCAGAGGGCUCACACGGGGGAAAAGCCGUAUUCCUGUCCCGAGUGCGGGAAAUGUUUUUCACAGAAGUCCAACCUUUACACACAUCAGCGAUUGCACACAGGAGAGAAGCCGCAUUCCUGUCCUGAGUGCGGGAAAUGUUUUUCAGGGAAGUCUAAUCUUUACAGACAUCAGAGAUCUCACACAGGGGAAAAGCAGUAUACCUGUCCUGAGUGUGGCCAGUAUUUUUCACAUAAGUCCACUUUUAACAAACAUCAGAAAUCUCACACAAAUAAUAAGCCGUAUUCUUGUCCUGACUGCGGGAAAUGUUUUUCACUGAAGUGUCAUCUUCUCAGCCAUCAGAAAAUGCACACAGGGGAGAAGCCGUAUUCUUGUCCUGACUGCGGGAAAUGUUUUUCACAUGUGUCCAAUCUUUACCAACAUCAGAGAUUGCACAGAGGUGAGAAGCCAUAUUCCUGUCCUGAGUGUGGGAAAUGUUUUUCAAGGAAGCCACAUCUUUACAGACAUCAGAGAUCUCAUACGGGGGAGAAGCCGUAUUCCUGUCCUGAGUGUGGGAGAUGUUUUUCAGUGAAGUCCAGUCUUUACAGCCAUCAGAGGUCUCACACAGGGGUAAAGCCGUAUUCCUGUUCUGAGUGCGGGAAAUGUUUUUCAACGAUAUCACAUUUUUACAUCCAUCAGCGAUUGCACAGAGGGGGAGAAGCCGUAUUCCUGUUCUGA